CGCCCGGGGAGAAAACCCGAGAUUAUGGGUCCGUGAAGUGGAGUGCCGAGACGUGAAACGAACGGGCACUAUACCCAGCUGAGUUGUAUUGUAUUCCCAAGGGAUGAGAUAACCGAAAUGAGAUGACUGCGUAAGCUGUACACGAAUCCGAGGGCAUGGGUUGUAGAUGGGGAGAGGGAUCUUCCUGUUUAUGUUCUACGAAGCUUUGCUCUGUCGUUCAUCCCUUCAUUCGUUCGUUCGUUCAUCCAUUCAUUUAUCCAUCUUUUUGUGAAAUACACUUCGAUACACUCUUUCAACACCACGUUCAUAACAUCUCACAAGCUCAAAAUCGCAGCCAUGUACAUCAAGAACCUUGCCCUCCUCACCGCCGCCCUCAGCGCAGGAGCAGCCGCAGACUUUGUCGUUAUAACCACGACCCCGACCCCCACGAACCUCGCUGUCCUCGCGAACUUGAGCUCCUGGGUCUCCAGCAUAGAAUCCUACGUAACCUCCAACCUCUACUCGCUCACCGCCUCCGUCGCGCCCUCCGCCGCCUCCCAUGCCGCCUCCAUGCAAUCCAAGUUCGUUGAGUUUGCUGCGACGGCGUCGUACAGCAUCCCCGCCGCGGUCACCCAGAUGAGCGGCGCGUAUGAGACGUUUACUACCGUGCCAGCGUGGUACAGCGCUCUGCCUAGUGAUGUUAAGAGCUACUAUGAUACGAACAAUAAGGUCGUUGAGAGCUUGGUUUUGGAGGCUGUCAAUGGAAAGACGACUGGGAGCGCGAGUGUGACGGGUGCAAGCGCGACGGCGGCGCAGACUACGGCGCAGGCUACUGGGGCGGGGAGUGUGGUGAAGGCGGUUGGGGCUGGGGUUGCGGCUAUGGUUGCGGGGGUUAUGGUUUUGUAGGGUGGGAUUGUUGGGCGUUGAGUGGAUGGCAUGGUGGAGAGAGACAGGGGGUUGGAGACAGUGCGUUGAUUGGAUUUUGAUAUUUUGUUCUUUUUGUUCCUUUGCAUGUUAACAUGUACCAGGCAAGCAAA